AAAUCACAUUCAUGAACACAAACAUGUCGCUCGACUCUCACACGGGCGUUCAUCGCGUCUUUUGAACUGAAUCUUGAUGCUCGUCGAGUUUGAAGAGAAAAGCGCAGAAAGAUGUCGCAGAAGAUGCUGCCCUGUUUCGUGGGGCUCCUUGUAUGCACCGGGACCUGUCUGGUUCAGGGGAAGGAGUUUUGUUUUGGUGUGAACAAUGAACAGUACCGCUGUGAGAUGGGCUACUGUUGUGGAGAGACCGAGUGCUGCACCUACUAUUAUGAGCUGUGGUGGUUCUGGUUGGUGUGGACGCUCAUCAUUAUGCUGAGCUGCUGCUGUGCGUACAGACACCGGCGUGUGAAGAUGCGUCUGCAGCAGGAGCAGAGACAGCGCGAGAUCAGCCUCAUGGCGUAUCAGGGCGCGUCCAGCUCCUUCAUCACUCCUCCACCUCUGAACCUGCGGUUCUGGAGCGACUGCAAGCUGCCCGACUACGAGGAGGUCGUAGGUCACCCCCCGACCCCCCCUCCACCCUACUCAGAGAUGCCCCCGGACGUCCCACCCCCCAGCGGGCAGUCCGAGGCGGCAGUGGUGCUCGAGCCCCCCGCGGAGGAGAUGGCCCACGAUUGGUCGGAUCGGGAUGCAGCGGCCGGCACGGAUGAGUCAGAGGAACUGAACACGCGGCGCAGGCACGUGACUGGUGAUUCGGGCAUCGAGGUGUGCGUGUGCCAACUGGAUGUGGAUGAGGAGGGCGGGGUGUGCCAGGGAUUGGGCGAUGCGUGCUGCUCUGAGCGACCGGUGCUCGCGGAUAAAGAACUGUCGCCUGAAGCUGCCGGUGCUGCCGACCGACUCGUCUGAUUCCUGCAAUAAAACAUGCAAAUAAUAAGGCAGUUUGAGCGCAAACCGCGUCACAGGCAAACACAACUUUCAUUGGAUAUUUCUGCAGUGUGACGCCAGCAUGUCUGUUUGUUUCUCUGACACACACACACACACACACACACACACACUGAUAGAAUGAUCUAGAGACGAGUGUUUGUUUUUCACACAGCUGCACCAUGACAUCAUCACCACAGUGACUGUCGCAUGUGCUGCUCCUUCAGAGAAACACACACACACAUUUCAGCAGGGUGUUAAAGAUGAAAUCAACAGCAGUUUAGAGGUGAUCAUGGGCCGUGUAUUCUCGUGUGCCCAGCGUGUAAUGUGAGAAUCUAGAAAUACCCCAUGAGUCUCUAUCACUAUCAUUAAAGGAAUAGUUCACCCAAAAAUCAUCGACUCAUUCUUAUGCCAUCUCAAACUCGUAUGACUUUCUUUCUUCAGCAGAACAUAAACGAAGAUGUUCUAAUAGAGAUAAUCAGAAGUCAAUGGGGAGUUACAUUUUGGCCUGUUUUUCACCCAAAUCCGACCGUAUCGCUUCAGAAGAUGCAGAUUAAACCACUGGAUUACUUUAAAGAUGCCUCUGUGCUUUUUGGAGCUUAAAAGUGUUGGACCCCAUUGACUUGCAUUGUAUGGAUAUAAACACCUCAUAUCUCCAUCAAAAUAUCUUGGUUUUUGUUCUGCUUAAGAAAGCCAUAUGAGUUUGAAAAGGCAUAAAGGUGAGUAAAUGAGGAAAGAAUUAUAAUUUUUAGAUGCACUGCUCCUUUAACGUGUCUCUCAGUUCUUGAUGUGCUGCUGCUGCAGUUGUACGCUGUGUUAAUUUCACACCGCUUGUAAGCAGGCGUCCCGUGACGUGUUUUGUUUCGGUAACAGAGACGCUUUGAGUUUAAUGGAUCUGAGCAUCUCAGUGUCACAUGAAUCUUAAUACUUCUAGAUGAAAUACUGAGUGAUGGCAUGUUAAAAUACACGUUAAAGCUGCGUUUGUGUGAACCUUGUGAGACGGGCCACACGCUGCCUUCCUCACGCUCGCAGCAGAUCUCUCGCAUACACGCGUGUGGGAAUAUUUGCCUUCUGGUCAUCGCCAGACGAGCGUUCAAAGUUUCUGCUGAAGGUCACACCGCGAUGCCAGAUGACCACAUGAUGCUUUGCAUGAAAAGUUAGUGAAAUUAAAGCACAAAUAUGAUCAACUGUGUGUCGGUGGGUUUUCUGCCCGUUCCUGCACACUGAAUCUCCGUCAGGUUUAGACUUGAUUUGCAGUUUGAGGGGUGAUUCUUAUGAAACCUGUCAAGAAAAUGUCCUGGUCUAAUUUCACCCCAAAUCAAUACAAAAAAUAAACAAAAUGAAGCAUUAAGAUUUUUGCAUUAUGACAUUAUUUUUAGGACACAAUUAUUACAGUUAAAAGAAGCUGUUGUACAUCCGUGGAAAUGAAAGGCAGUUUCCUUGACCCGUUCUGUGAGAAUCACCCCAUUUAAAUUUCAGUUUAUAGUUGCAUGAUGUUUAUACGGCAGUUAAUGAACAUACAUUUUAUUUCAUGUUUGAACUUAUGAGGGAUUGUGUUCAGACAGCAGACAGACACUCACAUGUUUACCUGCAUUAAAGGGCUACAAACACACACACACACACACUUCGAGAGAGGAUGUUUAGUGAUGUUGUCAUUAUUUCAGCAACACUCUGAAUGUGUGCGCGUGUGUUUUCAGGGCGUCUUUUAUUUCCUGUGUGUUGCACUGAAGCUCUUGAGAUUAACCGCCAUCUGUCGUACUCUUGGAAUUUCUUCCACUCGUCCACAAUUUACACAAAGUUUACACAUUGUGUGCCUUUCCCAAUGUAAACUACAAGAACUACAGUAUCUAACUAGGCUAUGCAAAAAACAAAAAAAAAACUGGAACCGCGGGAACGCUCUGUGGUGUUCAGUACAGCAAUACCGAUAUCAAUGUCUCAUUUCAUGUAUGCUCAACUCUGUUUUUGUCUGAUACAAGCAAACCGUUUAUUGCCACUAUGGACCGUUAUUUCUUCAGUUUAUACUUCAGUUAAACUGUCUCAUAUGUUAAUGAAUUUAAGACAUGACGGUUUAUUUUCUCGUUCAUUUUACUCGUUCAUAAACGCCUCCAUAUGUGACAUGUUAUUUCCAAUAACUGACCAGUUGUGAAAUCUGAGGCGCUCUGGAUUUGUAAAGUUCAGUAACUGGACAUUGAGAUGUUUUGUUUCAGCAGUGAUGACUGUUUUAUUAUGCUGAUGAUGAUGCAGUGCUCUGGUAUCUUAAGACUUGAGGAGCUCAAAUAUUUAAUAUCGAGCCAAAUCACAGUUCAGACCUGCAUCACGUACAGCAGAAUGAUCGCUUACACUUUGAUAAACCAAGUCGACCUGUUUUUACUCCAUAAUUUGUAAUAAACAUUAGUGCUCAGCUAAAAUGUGUGUCAUGUAUGUAAUUUACUCAAGCAGUUGACAGUGGCUUAAUUUCAUCGAGAUUUUUCCUCAUUGCAGAUUUAAGUGUGUGGUGAUUUUUGCCAAACAGAAACCUGAUGCUUGACAGAAGUGAUGUAGAAGGGAAAUUAGAGCACUGAGAGCUGUGUGGUGUUUUCUACUGUCAGGUUUAUUUAGUAAGAUGUCUGCUGUGUUACUCUAUAGUCAUUUGUAUUUUAUUUUUGUAAUAAAAAAUAAACCAGC